AAUUUUUGAUGAUUCAGGUUAACGUCAAAAUAAAUUUCACAACAGAAAACACGUUUUGAAAACAUUCUUCAUCCUUCAUUCUAUCGGAAAUCAUCGUCGGAGUUUUAUUGCAACCAUGUCCAAUGCGGUAAGUUAUACCUGUUUAAACUGCAGCGUUCGAUUUCAAAAUGCUGAAAUGCAACGAGAGCAUUACAAAACCGAUUGGCACAGAUACAAUCUGAAGCGUAAAAUAGCCGAGCUUCCUCCGGUGAAUAUCGAAGAGUUUGAGAAGCGCAUCAAGCAGCAGAAAACUGCCGAUGCCGUCGCUCAGGAGGAUCAGUCCUUGUACUGCAAGGCGUGCAAGAAAUUAUUCAAGUCAAAAAACGCUCAUGAUAACCAUCUGAAUAGCCGGAAGCACCAGGAUAAUUUGAAAGCUUUCUUAGAGGGAGAUGAAACGGCUAAGCAGGAGGACGUUUCAGUCAAAUCGACACGUACGAAAAAAGAGAUUGGUACAGAUGAGGCAGCUAUGGACGAAGAUAUUGAAGAAGUGGAUUCCGACGAAUGGGAAUCCGAGUGGGACAAUCCUAUCGAAAAGAACGAUUGCCUUUUCUGCCAGAACCAUAGCGAGGAUCUUAUCAAGAACAUCAAACACAUGAGCGUGGCUCACUCGUUCUUCAUUCCGGAUGCCGAAUUUUGCAUAGAUGUGGAAGGUCUAUUAAACUAUCUGGCGGAAAAAGUAUGUCGAGAUUAUAUUUGCAUUUGGUGCAACGAGAAAGGCCGAACAUUCUAUUCACUUGAUGCUGUGCGGAAUCAUAUGGUAGAGAAGGGUCACUGUAAAAUGCUGCACGAAGGAGCUGCGUUGGCUGAAUAUGUAGACUUCUACGACUACAGUACAAGUUAUCCGGAUCAUGAUGAGAAAAUGGAUAUUGAUGAGGAAAUCGAGGGUCCCCCAGUUCUGGAUGGAGAGGACUUCCAAAUGGUGCUGCCAUCGGGUGCUAUCAUCGGUCACCGGUCGCUGUUGCGGUACUACAAGCAGAAGAUCAAUCCUAACCGAGCAGUGGUGGUUAAAAAGUCUACUCAGAGACUGCACAAGGUGCUGGCCGAAUAUCGCUCGCUUGGUUGGACCUCAACGCAACAAGAAGCAGUCGCCCGAAAUGCGCGUGAUAUGCACGCCAUGAAACGACAGCAGGCCAAACUUAUGCAACAGGUUGGCGUCAAAGCUAACAAAAUGCAGAAACAUUUCCGGGCCCAAGUUAUGUUCUAAAGUUCUUUGAUGCAAUUCGAUGUAAUUUUUUUUUGAAAAUUUAAUAAGAGAAAUCGAUUAUGUUUCCCAAUAUAAAUUAAUCUUUUCCGUGUACCCAGUGUUUACUGAUGUCGCACUUUUUUAAUCAUAGAA